CUGCGCUCCGGAGCACGCCACCAGCCGUGUUUGCCACACAGGGCGCAACUUGACGCAACGGCUGCCCUCUGUGUGAACCAGUUCCAGCUGCAGCCGAUGCAGCUGUGCUGGCUGUGCCUGUGUCCCAUCUCACCGAGCUCUGGUCAUCCGUCAUUUUGCCAGCGUACGUGAGGGUUUAAUGGUGCCGAGUGUUUCGCGCGUUUGUGCCGAAUUACUAUUCUGAUCGGAUUUCUCUGGAAUACGCCGUAAACUCCCGUCACUUCUUGUGCUGUCAGAGUGCAGAGCACUGGUGAUGCAUCGGUCCAACUGAAGGAUCACUGCUGAACACCGACACCUCCCGAUUACAGAGUCGAGAUGACGCAGGGACGCACACUCGUGGUGUUGGCAGCACUGCUGUCCACGUCAGCUGCUUCGUAUAUGGUCGGAAUCGGAAUCGCUGACAUUACAGGGCCACCGGUGGAAGUCACUUUCAUGGGCUAUGCGCAGCUGGAGCAGCGGGGCACCGGUCUGCACCUCCGGCAGUUCUCCAGAGCCUAUAUCUUCCAGGACGAUGACGGUAGCAGAUUGGUGUUCACCAGCAUCGACGCCGCCAUGAUCGGCAACGGGCUCCGCAGAGACGUCAUCUCUAAGCUGCGGAAGGAGUUCGGUGACAUGUACUCGGAGCGCAACGUGAUGAUCAGCGCGACGCACACGCACUCUGGGCCCGGAGGCUUCAUGCAGGACUUCCUCUUCGACAUCAGCAGCCUCGGCUUCGUCCGGCAGACCUACAACGCGCUGCUCUCCGGCAUCGUGCAGAGCAUCAGACGGGCCCACCUGUCGAUGCAGCCGGCGCGCCUCUUCCUGUCGCAGGGGGAGCUGCUGGGCGUCAGCAUCAACCGCAGCCCCACCGCCUACCUCGCCAACCCCGCCUCAGAACGUAGCAGGUACGAGCACGACGUGGACAAGACGAUGGUGCAGCUGCGGAUCGAGACGCCUUCCGGCCGUCCUCUGGGCGCCAUCAACUGGUACGCCGUGCACCCCACCUCCAUGAACAACACCAACACGCUCGUCUCCAGCGACAACGUCGGCUACGCCGCCAUACUCCUGGAGAAGCAGUUCAACGGCGGGGCCAUGCCUGGCAAGGGCCCGUUCAUCUCGGCUUUCUCGUCGAGCAACCUGGGCGACGUGUCGCCCAACACGGCGGGCCCUCGCUGCAAGGAGACGGGCCGCAGCUGCGACCCGCUGUCCAGCACCUGCGCCAGGGCGCCCGACGGCCGCCAGGAGCACUGCUACUCGCCUGGGCCCGGCACCGACAUGUUCGACAGCACCCGCAUCGUCGCCAAGCGACUCGCCGGCAAGGCUUCUGAGCUGUGGCGUUCUUCGAAUGCCAGGGAGGUGACCGGUCCCAUUGCGUUCGCUCACCAAUGGGUUGACAUGCCGAAGCAGACAGCCGAAUACGUCGACCCCGAGACUGGAGCUACGACCACCGUGCGGGGCUGCCUGCCGGCCAUGGGUUACAGCUUCGGCGCGGGCACCACGGACGGCCCCGGCGCCUUCGCCUUCCAGCAGGGCACCCGCUCCAGCAACUCGCUCUGGGACACGGUGCGCGACUUCCUGGCGACGCCCACGCAGGACGACGUGGCCUGCCACGCCCCCAAACCCAUCCUCCUCAUGACCGGCAGGAUGACGUUCCCGUUCGAGUGGCAGCCCCAAGUGGUUUCGACGCACGUGGGACGCGUGGGAAACCUCGUGCUGAUGUGCGUUCCGGGCGAGUUCACCACCAUGUCGGGACGGCGCAUGCGCGACGCCAUGCGGCAGGUGUUCGGGCAGGACACGACGCCGGUGCUCGCCGGACUGUGCAACACGUACAGCGACUACGUCGCCACCCCGGAGGAGUACAAGGUGCAGAGGUAUGAAGGAGCCUCAACCAUCUUCGGUCCACACACGCUAACCCUGUACCUGCAGCAGUACCGGAAGCUGGCUCAAUCCAUCCUGAGUAGGAGCACCAUGACACCCGGGCCGACGCCGCCAGACCUGUCCAAGGAGCUGAUCCAGCUGACCCCUGGCGUGGUGUACGACAUGCCAUCCUGGCGGUCUCGCUUCGGCUACGUGAUGCAGCAGCCACCUGCCACUGCCAGGCCCGGAGACACCGUCACCGCUACUUUCGUGGCAGGGAACCCGCGCAACAACUUGCAGCAUGGAGGCUCGUACCUGGCUGUGGAGAAGAAAGACCCCUACACCGGCAACUGGUCCGUCAUCGCCACAGACGCCGACUGGGAGACCAAGUUCCUGUGGCGGCGGACGUCGACUCCGCUGGGGAUGAGCGAGGCGACGGUGGUGUGGUCGGUGCCCGAGGACGCGGAGCCGGGCGUGUACCGGCUGCGACACUCGGGCCACUCCAAGUACAUCCUGGGCGGCGUCUUCCCCUACUCGGGCAGCACGCAGCCCAUCACGGUGGGUCCAGACGCACCAUCCUCCCGUUUCUCACGCCGCCAUCGGAAAGGACUCAUCAAGUGACGCCUGUUUGACACACAUACAGCCAGUGCAUCGCACCACAUCAUCAUUAACAACUGGCCUCGUUGCCUGUAUCCAUGAAAUUUGUAUUCGAGAUGAUGCUUUCUGGAAGGUCCCAGCCAGUGAGUUGAAAGGGGUUGCGAAAGAACCGUACGGAUCGUUCACAUGACAUAAAUAUUAGCUUCUCCAUGACAUUUUAUUGCAGCAGUGUUACGCAGCAGGCUGAUUUUAUUGUUCCUAACAUGCCUUCCUGCUUAUAAUAUGUAACUUCGUCCAGAGUCAAUUCAAUUUUGAAACUGUAGUACAGUUAAUUGUAAAUGGAAACAGAUCAAGCAGCAUUAAUUACUAAAAGAGAUUGUUUUUUUUUUUUUGCGAACUGUCAGUCUUUCUAUUUGCAUAGAAAGUGGGAAUGUUGCAAUACCAGCAUUAAUUUGAAUACUCAUCAAAACAUAUAUGAACUAUUUAUUGCUAUUUCUUAUUAGAUUGCAAACAGGUGUAUAGUAACUUGCGAAAUGAAGCGUCUGUAAAUAAUAAAACAAAAUCAAACUGUGCUAUAAUGACGUUGUGGUGGUCAAUUUCGAGGACGUCGCAGAUUGUGUGAUUCCAAGUAUGUAUUUUAUCACAGAUUGUAAAAGAGAAAAAAUAUGUCGAGAAGUACUCACGAAAGGCACUGUGUGCAAUGUAUCGUGUUUAUUCGUGUCAGUACAAAUAUUGUUCCUAUGUGAAAGAGUUAAACUGUUUUAUCCGCACUGAUUUAUAUAGAAGCAGUAGACAAAACUAUGUACAUUGUUUGAAUGAAUAAAAAAUGUGUUCAUUGAAAU